AACUUUUUUAUUUUAUGAAUAUUUUUUAAACUAUUAUUUUUUAACGAAUUAUUUUACAUCCUUAAAUUGAUUAAUUUUUUUUUUGCAAAUUGGAUGAACAUCAAUUCGUACCUGUCCAUAUUACAAAAAUUUAUAUAAAUAAGAGUUGAACCCUCGUUUGAGUUGCAUUCAACAUGUUCGUAAUUUUAGAUUUGUCUUUACCUUAAUUCUUUAGUAUUAAAUCAGUUUGUAUUUAUAACUGAAGAAUAGUCCAUUCGCUUAUCACAUACAUAAAUAAUGACUGCUGAAUUCGAUCACGAGGCUCAACAACCUGUUGAAUCCUAUGAUCCAAAAUUAGAUACUGCCAUUACUGCUUCUCCAUUAAAAAACCAUUUAAUUGCCUUUUUAGGUGAAUUCUUUGGUACUUUUAUUUUCUUAUGGGUUGCUUUCGUUAUUGCUCAAAUUGCCAACCAAGAUCCAAACAUUCCAAAAGCUGGAGGUGGAUCUAAUCCUCCACAAUUAAUUAUGAUUUCCUUUGGUUUCGGUUUUGGUGUUAUGAUGGCUGUUUUCAUGUUCUUCAGAAUUUCUGGUGGUAACUUAAACCCAGCUGUUACUUUAACUUUAGUUUUAGCUCAAGCUAUCCCACCAAUCAGAGGUGCUAUUAUGAUGGUUGCUCAAAUCAUUGCUGGUAUGGCUGCUGCUGGUGCUGCCUCAGCCAUGACUCCAGGUCCAAUUGCCUUUGCUAAUGCUUUAGGUGGUGGAUGUUCUAGAUCAAGAGGUGUUUUCAUUGAAGCCUUUGGUACUACCAUUUUAUGUUUAACUGUUUUAUUAUUGGCUGUUGAAAAGCAUAAAGCUACUUUUAUGGCUCCAUUUGCCAUUGGUAUCUCCCUUUUCUUAGGACAUUUGAUCUGUGUUUACUACACCGGUGCUGGUUUAAACCCAGCCAGAUCUUUUGGUCCAGCCGUUGCUUCUAGAUCAUUCCCAGACUAUCACUGGAUUUACUGGGUCGGACCAAUCUUAGGUUCCGUCAUUGCUUUCUCCAUCUGGAAGAUCUUCAAGCUCUUAAACUACGAAACCUGUAACCCAGGUCAAGAUGCUGAUCAUUAAUCUACUCUACUUCACAACAUAAACAAUUUCAAUCGGAUUGUUGAUUGUUCAUAUAUAAUUACUUGCAUUUCAAGAUUUACUUCUUAAUAUUCUUUAUCUCCACUAUUUCUCGUUUGUGAUGACUCUCACUUAGAGGGUAUUUAUUUGGGGGGUGGUCAUCGACGGAUUUAAUUUACAGGUUAAAAAAAAAAAUCUCCUAGAUUUUUCUCGUGGUUAUGAGCCAAUCUGUAUAUACGAACACUUAUGCUAUAAGCACACUAUAUUAGAAGCUUAGUAUAUAGUAUAUAUUAGAGCUUACUAUAUCUCCUAAUGCAAC